CUGCUCUCCAUGGCAUCUCCCCCUCCCACCCAUGGCCAUGGUCCAAUCCCCGACGAUACCCAAGCCUUUGAUGUUGGUGACUUCUACACCUCCCCACCUCUCGACGACCAGGGCACUAAGGACUUCAUGUUGCCAGGAAAUCACAAUUGGGCCAGUCUAUUUCAUGUUGGAUGGGUGGGGGAUUUCCCCCAUCGAGGCCGAUCUAGGACCUUGAUGGAGACGAUGACGAGGGUUGAUUGGUAUGGGUGGGGGGGAAGCCUUUUGCUUCCACUUCGAUUAGGUAAGUGUGGAUCUCGAGAAGGGAGGGGUCGGAUAGGACCUUGCUGGUUGCGCGACAUGGGAGAGAAACAUGGGCGGCGGGGCAAGGGGAGGAGUCGUGCACUCUGUUCGCCUGAUCCAUAAAACGACUGAAGACUUGCAUGAUGGAGGUUGCACAGUUUGGACCUUGGUCAGAUCUUCCGCCAGAACUCUUGGGCCUUGUCCUUAAGCGCCUCCCUUCUUUAGCCGACCGUGUUCGCCUUAGAGCAGUUUGUCACCCAUGGCGCUCCAAUAGUAUAUUGCACACCCUUACCCUCCCAUUCCCUUGGCUCACCCUCCCCGAUGGAACCUUCCUCAGCAUAUCAGGAAACGAGGUUCACCGCAUGCCUCUACCGCAUGGUACUCGAUGGCAUGGCUCAAUUGACAAGAAAUUAUUACUCUUGAGUAGUGAUGGAUUAUGUUCAUUGUUGGACCCUUCCUCAAAGACGACACUGGAGCUUCCUAAUCUGGUCACCAUUUGGCAAAGCGAGAUAGAUGAUCGUACUGAACGGACUCAUGUACCAGUUUCCUAUAAGUUGGUGGAGCCCUCACACAUGGACUCAUCACAGAAGUUCGUUGUUGCUGCACUGAUCCCUGACAAAGGUUAUUCCCCUAAUCUUUUUAUCAUCCAACCGCCUACUGCAUCUUACACAUUCAAGGGUGUACGUGAUUGGGACCGACAUAUAUUACUGGACUUUGCAUUCUUCCAUGGAAGGUUCUACGUGGUGUCUGAGUUUUACAAGCUUUUCACCAUUGAUUUUGGCGAGAACCUUUGUGGUGGUCCUAACAUCAAAUGCGUAAUUGACACUAUUGGCGAUUAUCUUCGAUCACCUCUGUACUUUUGUCAGAAGAAUGUGUGUGGAUUAUUGUUGUAUUUAGUUGAAUGUGGUAAUAAACUACUGAUGGUGCAACGAUUUACACACUGCUCACAGUCCUCACAGGGUUUCAGUAAUGACCACACUGGUGGAUUUAUGGUCCUUGAGGCGGACUUGCGCAGCAACCCUGCUCGGUGGAGAAUGGUAAGUGAUCUGGGUGGUCAUGCACUCUUUCUUGGCAGGCAAAGCUCCAAGGCUGUGCCUGCAGGAGAAUGCAGUGGAUCCCAAGAGGAUUGCAUCUACUUCAUCUGCGACUAUCCUUGUCCAAAGUCUUCUACAAAUCCUCUUCAUGAUGCUGGCAUAUACAACAUGAGAAACGGGAUGAUCAUGCCAUUGCAUUCAGGAAGUGCUGCAGUACCGCAGCGCCAAGCUGGCCAGUGGGGUCUCACAUGGUUUUUUCCUCCUAAAGUUGCAUGAUCAAGCCCAACAUUGCAUGUUGAUCUUUGUGAUCAACCAACCUGCCUGGGUUCUUCUCCUAUACCUUGCUAUAGUACUUAUGAUGGUGUGCACUUUCAACUUUCAAGUCUUGUGGUGAUCUUAAUGGGAUUGUGUCAUCGAAUGCUUAAGUCUUUCAUUGUGGAAAAUUUGAAGUUUUCUCUUUGUGGCAUGUAUGUGUUUAAGUCUUCCGUGGUGGUAACUUGUUUUAUGACCAACCCAGGAUGAUUUUUUAAGCUCUCUAAUCAGCCAA